AUGGAUAGUUAAAAACCAAGGAACAUGCUAGAUUCUAGCUAUGAGGAUAGCUAAGUUGGUGACUUAGAUGAGCAGACCAUUACAGACGAAGCUAAUGCCAAAGAUUUUCAUAAUUUAGAGCCUAACCAUAAGGGAAUGAAUAAUAAAAAUAGUCAUCCAAUAAGUCCUCUAGGGUAGAAUUAUAAUCACUAAAAUUCAAAGGUUAAUAAGCAAAUAAGAUAAGAAACCAAUGAUGAUUUGAAGUCGAAUUCAGUAGUUUAAUAUAGCAAUAAAAAUAAAUUACAUGCAAACGAUCUAGCAAAUGUGAGUUCUUCAGUACGGUAAUCAUACAUGGGCUUUUAGUAAAAGAAUUUAAAUCAUGAAAACAGGGUCUCAUACAAUAACACAAAAAUCAACAAGAAUUCGUCCUAGGGGAAACUUGAAAUUAUUCCUCAGUCCCCAGAUAAGAAAAUUCAAAACGAAACAUAAAGCAUUAGUACUAGAAAUAAUAAAAAAAUUCAGAAUAUUUUUCCAGGUGCAAAUAGUAUACUAAAAUCAGAGUCAAGAGUUAUGAAGCGUUUAAGAGCUAAGAAUCCAAUUUUGUUUUCCCAAGACAAUACAAAGUCAAUAAUUAGUCCCUCUCCAAGACAGGUGAUGGAAGACUUUGCAAAUUACAACUCAAAUGGCAGCAAUGUGAGAGUUUCUCAAGGUGUUUUAAGCAUGAAAACUGGUGGAAACGUUUAAUAGAGCAUGAAGAAUAACUAUGAGGAGCAAGUACAUAUCCUAACUAAGCAGUAUGAUUUAGGUCGUAAUAGUAAGUUAACAAUGGUAAGAACUAGCUAUAACGACAAGAGCAGUAUGUUUAACAAACCCCCAAUUGAAAAGAAGAUUCAGACUACUGCAGUGACAUCAAGACUAUAUAAUGAUGUAGAAAAAAGAAGAGAAAGAAAAAAGGAAAGUGAGUAAGAAAAAUAGAAGUAUGAUUUGGAGAUGGAGCGAAAAGUGGUAUAAGAUAGUUUGGAUGAGCUUGCAAAGCUAAAAAAGAAAAAUUAGAAAGAUCAAGAACCAAGUAAAGAUGGCAAUAAAGUAUUGGAAGAAUUCAUUAAAAAAUAACAAGAGUUUGUAGAUUAAGCUUAAAAAGAAUUUUUCAGAAAAGAACGAAGCUAGGAACAUAAAUUAUCCUUAAGAUCGUAGUUACUUGCAAAAAAGAGUUAGGAAAGAUUGCCAGGUGGAGUGAAUGGUGAAUAGAACUAAGUUCAUGAGAGAUUAUUCCAAAAUAAAGACUUAAGCAUGAAAAGAUCUAGAAAGAGUCUCGGUGAGAGUACUGUAAUUACAAGCAGAACAGCUCAAACUAAAUUCAAUAAUAGAGAGGAACAGGAAAAGCACGUUGAAAAAUUAGUGAGACCAAAAACCAGAGAAAGAAAAGAUAAGAAUUUGAUUGGCAAGGAAGUUUCAGUUGAGAGGUCUUAAUUUAUCUCCAUGAGAAUUAAAAGCAAUAAGUUGCAGCAGAAACUGGUGUAUGAAAGACUCUAGAAAGAUGUCUACAAGCUCUGUGAGUCAUAUAACUUACCAAACUUUGAUAGAGAGGGCAAUGAUGAGUUUGCAAUUAGUUACGAAGUGUUUAAAAGAUUAUUAGAUGAUAUGAGAUUUGCUGAUAUUUCCAGAAUAAUGCCUAAUGAAGAGAAAUUACUGCCUGAUAUGUGGUUUAAAGAACUCAAUUCAAAGCAAGAUGAAGAAGAUGGAGUUGAAGAUUUCGCUGAAUUAGGAAAUAUCAUAACUCUUUUCGCUGCUAUAUUCAACAUUAAAUUAUCAGACCUAUUAUUUGACGAGCAAGAUCGUAAAAAAUAUAAUAGGUUUGAAGGUUUUUUAUGGUAUGCUAAUAAGCUACCAGCUAGAUUUGAAAGCCUUGAUGACAUUGAACUGUGCCACAAAAAAUACAUUUAACUCUACAAUAAUACUAAGGUUUUAAAGAAAAAAGUUUAGUUAUAAGGUGAAUAGCUGACAUUCAAGCCUCAAUUAAAUGAAAAAUCCAAAAAAAUGAUAAAUAAAUAGCAUCAAAGCAGUGAGAGAGUUUCUCAUUUUGAUAAAUUAAUUGAUGUUGGAAAAAAAAUCUAGGAGAAAAAUUCGCAAUUAAGGCAGCAAAAAGAAAAGUAUGAAUUUUAAGCACUCACAUUCGUGCCUGAAACUAAUCAUAACAAAAAGCAAAGGGGAAAAUAUUAAAAUUAGGACAAGAAAAAGAUAUUAGAGAUGUAGGAGUUCAAUGACCUUAUGUCAAAGACUGUGAAGGAAAAAAAGAGCAUGCAAACUUAAAAUUUAUUUGGAGGAAUUCCAAGGGGUAAUCCACAUCAAACUGUGAAAGGAAGGAAGCAUUAAAACUAACGAGAUUAUAGCAAUAACUUGUCUCCAGGCUCAAGAAAAUCCGAGGACUUUGACGAAGAUAUGUACGAUGAAACAAGACCUAAUAACUAAGAGGGAUCAGUUUAGUCAAGAGGAGGAAUGAUUAAUCCAACAAGCAACAGCAAUUAAAUCAAUCAAAUGGCAUUGAAUAACAUCUAAUAAAUAAAUACGAAUGAAAAGGUGGAAUCUCUGUUCUCACCAGCGAAAUUAGAUGAAUAAAAUUAGAUGCAUUAUAACUCAAGAACCUCUGACUCUCAGUCAAUAUUUGAGAUUUAAUCCAGACACCCUAGAGAUGAUGACUUUGAUAGAAUGUCUUAUAUGAGCAAAGGCUCUGUUCAAUCCAAGGCUUCCUAAUAUAGGAUACCAUAAAAGUUUUCGAUGGAAGACCAAUCACCUCAGAGAAAGAAGCCCCUAGUGUUCAUAGAUGUUAAUCUGGGAAAAGAAAAAGGAAAGUAAAAGCUGAUAGUGUAUGACAAUGAUGAUCCUACUGAAGUUGCUUAGAAUUUCGGAUAACUUCACAAUUUGAAGGAUGAAAAGGUGGCAUUGCUUGACAAAUUACUAAGACAAAAGAUUCAGGAUCACUUGAUCAAAGUACAGUAGCAAAUGAGUACACCAGGAUCAAAUGGAAUGUAGAAAUCAAUUAACAAUGUUUAAAGCAGUGAUGAUCGAUUAAAUGAAAGCAGUAACUAGAAUCAAAGAGAGAAGAGCAAUACAAGCAUUAUACCUAAUUAGAGGACUCCCCAUUAAAAGAAUGUUAGUGAAAACUCAAUCUAGCAAAGUAAAUAAUGA